AUGUGGAUUCUGGGGGCGGUGCUGCCAUGGACGGCGACGGCCUGGCAGGCCAACUGGAUGGGCGGCAACGCGGCGGUCCUCGGGGGAUCGACGCUGCUGGACCUGUCGCUGCCCGGCACGCACGACGCCUUGACCUACGACCUGUCGACGACGGUGAGCGAGGCGGGCAUCGACGACCACCCGGCCCUGGCGGCGGUGCUCCACGCGGCGUCGGCCGCCGGGGUCGUGCCGGAGGCCGUGGGCGCUUUCGUCCGGGGCCAGGCCCAGACCCAGGCCCUGAACGUGUCCGCGCAGCUCGACGCGGGCGUCCGCUUCGUCGACUUCCGGGUCAUGUACACGAGCGGCGACUGGUACGGGCUCCACCUGCUGCAGACGCGGCGACCGGCGGCGGCCUACCUGAGCGAGCUCCGGGCCUGGGUCGACGCGCACCCCACGGAGGUCGUCGCGAUC